ACACGUACGAAGUCGCGGGCAUCGUCUAUAGUUAUACAAUGAAAUCGGUACAAUUGUGUAAAGUAAUUGAAUUUAACAAUACUUAAUUAAUUAUAUAGAAAUAAAUUACAAAUAAAUAAGUUAAGGUUAAGCACGUCAUCCUAUUUUUUUAUAUAUUACACUAAUUAUUGUAAUGCGAACACGCCCAGUGGGCUAAAUCGUGAAACUGCGUAAUUGCUCUUGUAUAGAUUUCUUAUAGGAAACAGAAGAUUAAAAUGAAUAGCAAUAAACUCGUAUAAAUACACAAGAUAGCGUGAUAUCAUUUAGAUUAGCAUCACCUAUUGGAAGAAUCAUAGGCGAUGGCUUGGAAGGUUAUAACGUUUUUGGCGAUCUUUGCGCUAAGCGAAGGCCGACCUCCUACGUCGGAGCAAAAAGUCAAAAUAGAGAAUUGGCUUUCACAUAUUGGAUCUCAAGAAUCUGAAGCCCAAGAAUUUUAUGCGUAUCCGUCCUAUGAAUUCACAUAUGAAGUGUCGGACCCACAUACGCAUGAUUUCAAAGGACAUCACGAACAACGAAAAGGCGAUGAAGUAAAAGGAUAUUACUGGCUCGUCCAACCUGAUGGUUUAAAACGUACCGUCAAGUAUCGCGCUGAUAAACAUAGCGGAUUAAAGGCGCACGUUGAUUAUACCAAACACUGGGAAGAAAAUAACAAAAAAGACGAAGGUGAAGAGGAAGGACAACAAGAAGUGAACGAGGAGGAGAACAACGCGGCUGAAAACAGUAAUGAAGGUAAUGAGAAUCAAGAGAAUGAAAACAAUGAAAAUGAAGGGGAAGUAGCAGAACAAAAUGAAAAUAAUGAAUCAGGUGAAGGAGAAGAAUCUCAAAAUCAAGAAAGACAGGUUGAGAACCGUGAACGUGAUUCAAGUCGUGGCAACAAACGAUAUUAUUCAAAGAAGGGUCACGGUGAAAAGCGUUAUCGUGGUGAGUUGCAAGCUUCUGUUGGAAUCUGGCACCCAAAAGAUUGGAGUCAUCGUCACGGUAAUGAGGAGUCACGUCGAGAACAAAGCAAUGAAAAUAACGAAGAAAAUACAGAUCGUGGUGAAAAUGAAAAUGAAGGUGCUGAAAAUUCUGAAGGAGAAGCACAAGAGCGCGGUCAAGGUGCUGAAAAUAAACGAGGAGGAUAUAAACAAAAUGAACGUAGACAUAACGUAGGUAAAGGGUCCAAUAAACGUGGUAAUGAAGGUCGAAAUGAACAACGCCAUCAGGAAAACCGAAAAAAUGAAAAUAACGAAAACGCUGAAAAUAAUGAGGAAAAUGAAGAAGGUAAAGAAGGUGAAGAAAAUGGCAACGAGAAUUCUGAAAAUAAGCAAAAGGGUAAAAUAAUAAAGACUGAAUACCACGUCACUAUUCAUCACCCUAAGUAUAAAUAUAAGUACUAAGUAGACUAAGCGUGAUGCACAAAGAUUUAUCUCUCGAUGCACAUUCCUAAUGAUGGGAUCGAAUAAAAGAAAUAUGACCAAACAAUA